AUGACUGAGGGGUCACCAAAAAUUAAAGUAGGCUUUUUGGGUGGAGGGAAAAUUGCGAAGGCCAUGGCGGAGGCGCUCGUACGCGGCGGUGUCUGCUCGCCAGACGACAUCUGCAUGAGUGCGCGCACGGAAGAGUCUCGCCAAGCCAUUAGGGCUCAAGGAUACUCGGUUGGAACCAACGACGAGGCGAGCCUGCGCUCCACUUGUUACUGCGAGGAUGGCUUAUCUGACGAAUUGCGCGAGUUGCUCCUGCGCUUGCUGCGAGCUUUCGGCAUUGUGCACUCUGUUCCAGAGAUGUACUUUGACGCCUACUGUGCAGUCAGCGGCUCCAGUCCAGCGUUUGUCUGCACAUUCAUUGAAGCCCUCAUUGACGGCGCAGUCAGGUGCGGCUUGCCGAGGAAGUUGGCCACUGAGGCGGCUCUGCAGUCUGUACGAGGAACUGCUACUUUGCUGCAGAGUAAAGGAAUCCACCCUGCCCUUAUUCGGGACGACAUUACCACACCUGGGGGCAUAAGCAUUGCCGGUCUGAUGGCGAUGGAGGCCCGAGCCUUUAGAGCAGCAGUCGCAGAUGCGAUGGAGGCCGCCUAUGAACGCUCAGUAAAGAUGACUACAGAAUUUUGA